AUGUUCAAGAUCCGAUAUCUAGGCACUCAGAAUAUCAUUUCAGGAGCACAGACCUUACUACAGUCGUGUUUUCAAGAAUCCAAUAGUUUACAGAACUGGAUUGAACCUCCAUCAACAUAUAUGCACACAUUGGAUGAUAGCGAGCUAUUCUGGAGAGCUUCAUUUGUUCCUGAGAUCAAAGAAUACCCUUUUAAAAGAUCUCCAAAGAUUGCAUUCAUGUUCUUGACAAGAGGACCUUUACCAUUGGCACCACUAUGGGAGAGGUUUUUCAAAGGGAAUGAAGAAUUUUACACCAUUUAUGUUCACACAAUGCCUUCAUAUCGUGCAAACUUUUCAACCUCUUCAGUCUUCUAUCAGAAACAAGUUCCUAGUCAGGUGGUGGAAUGGGGAAUGAUGAGUAUGUGUGAUGCAGAAAGAAGACUUCUAGCAAAUGCAUUGUUAGACAUCUCAAACGAGUGGUUUGUUCUAUUAUCAGAAGCCUGCAUUCCUCUUCAAAGAUUCAGCAUUAUCUAUCACUACAUAUCAAGAUCAAGAUUCAGUUUCAUGGGUGCAUUUGAUGAGCCUGGGCCUUAUGGUAGGGGAAGAUAUGAUGAUAAAAUGUUACCCGAGGUCAACAUUGACCAAUGGCGAAAAGGGUCUCAAUGGUUUGAAGCUAACAGGAAACUAGCAGUUGAUAUCAUAAAAGAUCUCAAAUAUUAUCCCAAAUUCGAGCAGUUUUGCACACCAGAUUGUUAUGUUGAUGAGCAUUAUUUCCCAACAAUGCUGACUAUUGAGAGUCCAUAUUUAUUGGCGAAUAGGACACUUACAUAUGUUGACUGGUCAAGGGGUGGUGCUCAUCCAGCUACUUUUGAGAAGAAUGAUGUGACAUUGGAAUUUUUCAGGAAAAUUCAGCAACACCAUACGUGUGUUUAUAAUAACCAGCCAACUUCAGUUUGCUUCCUUUUUGCAAGAAAGUUUGCUCCUAAUGCUCUGGAUAUACUCCUGCAGAACUCUGCACAGUUUUUUGGCUACUGA